AUGAAGUUCCUCCCACUGCUACUCGUCCCGGCCCUGGCCGUAGCCCAGGAUAUCACCAUCAAACAGGUUCAAUACUCCGGGAACGGAUGUCCUCAGGGAACUGUUUCAACGUCGAUAUCCAGCGACAAGACUAUUGUCACCCUCGGCUUCGACGGCUUCCAAACAUACAUUGGACCAGGAACAUCCAUUAAAGACCACACGAAGAAUUGUCAAAUUCACUUGACGCUCAAUUACCCAGCCGGGUACUCCUUCGCAGUGGUCGACAGCACCUAUCACGGAUACGCUCAAUUGGAGACAGGUGUGACCGGCACCUUCUUCAGCCAAUAUUACUUCAGCUCGAACGCCUCCAAUACCUGCACCACCCAAUCUUCGAUCAGCGGCGGCGGUCUCUGGGCCGACGGGCAGGUUUACACGAAGGAAGAUGUUGUCCCCACUCCAAACUACGUGAAAAGCAAAUGCGGCACUACCGAGAUCCUGAACGUCAACAACCGUGUCGCGCUCACUUCGACAGAUAGCAACGCUAUUGGCCAAUUAACUGAUGACGACGCCACUGUGGACGUGAGCCAGCAGGUUCAUAUCAAGUGGUUCACUUGCUAA